AUGCCCCCAGGGCAACAUCCUCAAAACACCUCGGCAAACGUCAUGAACACUUCGAACGCCGGCUCGCGACAGCCCUACACUUCUUCAUAUUCAUACGUUAGUUUCUUCACUUUUAAAGAAUGGAUUGUUUUUAAUUAGAAAAGAAGUUCCACGGGAAAUGCUCCGUGUGAAAAAAUAAUUACAUAAUAGGAGAAAUGUUCGAAAUGUUUCAAUGUGAUUUGUUUGUUUGGUUAUUCGUCAGAAUAGAAGGAAUUAAGCCGCCUAGGAAAUUAAAGAAAACAAAAAAAAUGUGGCGGAUUGCAUCUCUCUCUCUCUCUAUUUCAAUCAAACGUUUCUCUAUGAAUAUUCGCAUGUAACUUCAAAUAUGUACAAAGGUAAUACAUAUAAAAAGCACAGAGACUUUCCUGAAAGAUGGAAAUUCAUGAACCCAUUUGUUUCUACGGGUAUCUUUGUUUCACUACUCCAUUUUUUUUAUUACUAAAAGUUUUCUUGAAAAUUUUUAUCACUUCUCAAAGUAGAUUGAUUUUUCGGACAGAAUUCAAAUCUUUAGCCAAGAAAAAUGGACUCUGACAGGCUCAUUUUAACGAGAAUUGAGUAACGCAUAAAUUGAAAAAAAUUGCGAGUUAUUUUUGCAAGGAUACAUUUUAAGAACAACUCACGAUAUUCCUCCAAUAACAACUCAAAUGGACGCUUCGGUUACUCGAAUUCUCAACGAGACUCGACGCCACACCACGAAUCGGUACCUUUGAGCCUGGUUAGUCCGAAAAACAAGCGGGUCUGGUGGAAUCCUCGGCAGUUGCAGACGAACCUCUACAUCCGCGGCUUGACGCCCGCCACCAACGAUGACGACUUGCGCGCCAUGUGUGAGAAGUUUGGCACCAUCUCCUCUACAAAGGUAUCAAAUUGAACACUAAGAAAUUAUGCACUUCCGAAGACGAUGAAUGAAUGUUGAGUGACCGUGAAUUUGAUGCAACCUAUCAUUUUAUAGUUUAAAUUUAAACUUUUAAUCAAAUAAAUGGUUUGUUUAGAGAAUAAAAAAGGAAGAAAAUGAAUCAUUCCCCUGGUUUCUAUAUUAUCGAGGACUAAAGAUUCUUGGCGCGUUUGACUGUUCAUUGCACUUUCUCGGAGAGGCGAUGGGAAUACAUUCCGCGUCCAUUGAAUUGCCUUAUUUACCAUCAUGUUUUUUGCCGCGUGCUUUCAUUGUUUGCAUAGUUUCUCUAACUCCUAAAUUUAUUCGCUUGUUCCGCGUUUUACUAAAAAUACACAAAUCAUCAAAUUUUAGUCUUAUUUUUAGCUCUAGAAAGAGUAGAAUUUGAAAAAAAAAACGUUGAAACCUUCAAUUCAAUUCGAGAAACGAUUUCACCAUUCUCGACGAGUCAAGAGGAAAGUGAAAUAGAAAAAAAAAACGAGGAGAUUUUGAUGGAGGGGGCAUGCAAAUUAAUAUAAGGAAGCACUUCAAGCAAAUCAAUUUUCGAAAAAAAAUGUCGGUCUGCAUACACAUGCGGGAAGAGAUAAUUUUUCAUAUUCCUUUGCUGGGAUGUUUUCUAUCAAAAUUUUAAUCCAUGUGCAUAUUGGAAAAAAAAAACGGUGGUAUGAAAAACCAGCGAAAAAUUCAAACGGCGGCUUUUUCCGAUUUUUUCGUAUCGCUGGGGAACUUUCCGACGGCCACUUUUCUGCCGAAUCUUUUUCCGGAUUUUUUUUCUAGAUAAACUUUUUCGUUUUGAAUCUUCCUAUAUAAAGUAAGUAGUUUAUUCAUGACUAAAACAAAAAAAGGAAAAAAAUGUUAAUAGAUAUUUUAUAAACCGAAAAAAAUAUAAAGGAAAAAAAGUCGGAAAGAGAUUCGUCGGAAAGGUGGCCGUCAGAAAGUUCCCUUGCGAUACGAAAAAAUCGGAAAAGUCGCGUUUUGAAAUUUUCCUGGCUUUUUUUUCAUACCACCAAAAAAACUUGAAUUAUUACCGGAAAUCGAUUUUCUAUAGUUUUGUGAGGUUUUUUUCAUUUAAAGAGUUGAGAUCAUUAAUAAAAAGAGGGAAACAUUUUGUGAGCUUGAAGUUAAUCUGAAGCCAUUAAUAUUGACCAACGAGUCGAAGUUAUCUCAAUAUGUUUUAUUGAUAAGAAUUUGAAUAUUAUUGCUAUUAAACUUCUUUUUUUCCAAACUUCAUUUUUUUAAAACUCCUCUAGGCGAUAAUGGACAAGAGCAACAACUCGUGCAAAGGCUACGGGUUCGUCGAUUUUGACAGCCCUCAGGCUGCACAACGUGCCGUAGAGCAACUGGUGGCCGACGGCGUCCAGGCACAGAUGGCCAAGGUAUCGCGUACUUUCGGUAUUCUUCAUUGUUGAUACAGCUUCAGCAGCAAGAGCAGGAUCCGACCAACCUCUACAUUGCGAACCUGCCACCCAAUUACACAGAGCAGAUGCUUGAGAACGAGUUGGCAAAGUAGGGUUUUCACCUGGACAAUUGGAUUGCUACCUUCUUCAAUCUUCAGGUUCGGCUUGGUGGUGUCGACGCGGAUUCUGCGCCACAACGACGCGACUUCCAGAGGUGUUGGCUUCGCUCGAAUGGAUUCCAAGGUUAAUUUUAGUUGAAAAUGUAUAAAAAGAUGAUUCACUUCAUAACGCACUUCUAUUCAAACAAACUCAUAGAUAUCGUAAAAACUCCCUAGUUAUUUUUUUUACGAUCAAUCAGCAUACAUUUUACUUCCUAGGAAAUAUUUUUUUCAAUUGAAAAGCUUAGUCAGAAUAAAAAAAUUCUCGAUAAAAAUUCUAAAAAUCAUGUAAAUAGGUAAAGGUUUCAAGUUGGUACAAGGUAUCCUAGAUUAUCUGGUUUUCUAACUCUCGAAAGUUUUGCUAUUUUCUUCUAUCUCAAGCCAGGGCUAAUUUUUUCCAUUGCAAAAUACAGUAACCAAUGCCUGGAAGGUUAGAGGAAUUUUUUUCGUUAUGAUUUUAAUAAAGUUUUGUGCUUAUUUGAAUUUUCUUUUUAGAAAUUUUCUUCAGCUUUUCACGUGCCCGAUUCUAAAAACGUCCUUUCUUGAAAUUAUCUAUCUUGCAUAGAGGCGUAGGUUGAAAUUGGUAUGUUUCGAGGUUAUAAUCAUAAACUUAUGUGAUGUUUUGCAGCGUUUGUUACCCUCUUGAAAUGUUUUGGAACUUGACUAAACUUUAGGACAAAUGCGAGGAAAUAAUUCAAGCGCUGAACGGCGGCCGCUUCGAAGCGAUGUCCGAGUCACUGCCGCCACUGCUGAUUAAGCAAGCCGACACAGGCCGCAAAACAAACAGAAAACGCAACGAAAUGGGCUUUGACAUGAACAUUUUCCAAAAUCAGGUAGAAGCCGAACUCUCAAGGAAAACGAUUAAUGGGAGAACUUUUUCAGCAGCUGGGUCUUGGAUCCCAUGAAGUGAUGCGCGGUGUGACAGCGAUUCCGCAAAUGUACCACACGACCCCUUACUUUGGAGGGUAUCAGCCUCAUCAGCCAGUCGCUCCUUAUCGUUCGUGUUUCUUCUCUUUUUUUGAUUAAAAUAAUUAUCCAAAUUUAGAAGUAUGUUUCUGAGGGAAAUGCUCAGCAAAGUUCUAAGGAAAAAUUAAAGAUGAAAGAAAAAUUAUUAAAAAAAUUGAAGACCUUAAAAAAAUCUCAAAAAAACUAUUCUCGGAUCUAAGUAUCACAUUUCACGUACGCCGUACUUCUCAAAAUUUCUAAUUAUUGAUGAGAAUUGUUUUAUUUGACCCUUUUUCGACUAAAAAGCGCCUUAACUCUGCUUAAACUUUGUUGACCGGAAAUUUAUUUUAGAGUACGACAUGAAUCCACUGACGGCGCAAAUGGGUGCGAUGCAACUGGGAAACUCGCAUCAACCCAAUGAAAUGUACGUCUACAACAACUCGUCCAGCAAUUCUCAACAACAACCCCAGUACUACGUCCAGUCGAACUCUCGAAAAAGUAUGAUUUAAACUUUUUUUUUGCUUAUUUUUUCAAUUUCGAAAAAAAUUUGAUAAUUCAUUUAAAUUGAAUUAAAAAAAGGUUCAUUUGAAUUUUUUUAAAACUGCUCAUCUACGCAGUAGGUUCAUUUGAAAUUUAGUAACUAUAAUUUUAAAAAACUUUUUUUUAGCCUUCUUAUCCGCCAUAUGGAGCGAACUCUUCGAACGCUUAUGAACAGAAUCAUGGAGUAUCUAACAACAACAUGAUGUACCAACAAACAGUACACGAAGAUCCAUACCGAAAGGUUUCUUUUUUUCAUUUUAAAUCAAAAAAAAUUAGGUUUAUUUUUUUAUUAAAUAAAAAUUUUUCUCGAAGUCAAUUAUCUUUUUUUCAAUGUAUGCAAUUUUUCAGGGAGCCGCGCAAUAG